AUGGGCUUUGUAUUUUCAAAACUUUUCAAAGGUCUUAUGGGGACUGAAUAAAUGAGAAUUAUUAUCAUAGGUCUCGAUAAUGCAGGCAAAACUACUAUUCUCUGUAAUUAAAAUUAUUAUGGCUAAUCAUUUCUACAGACAGAUUGCAUCUUGAUGAAAUAGUUCCUACUGUACCAAGUAAUGAUUAAUUGCCAAGCCUUAAUGGCAUUCAUUCUAUCAAUCUCUGAAUUUAGAGCAGUAUUCUUAAUCUAUAUUAUAGCUGUGGGUUUUAAUGUGGAAACUGUGACAUACAAGAACCUGAAAUUCUAAGUGUGGGAUCUUGGUGGGCAGACUGGAUUAAGACCUUAUUGGAGAUGCUACUAUUAAGACACUAAUGCUGUGAUUUUUGUCAUUGAUUCAGCUGACAAGGAAAGAGUAGAGGUUGCCAGAUAGGAGUUAGAGCUCAUGCUGUAGGAAGAGGAACUCAAGGGAGUACCAGUGUUGGUGCUAGCUAAUAAAUAAGACUUACCAAAUGCCCUUAAUGAUCAAGAGAUAUGUAGCGGACUAGGAUUGACAUCUAUCAAGAAUAGGCCAUGGUCAUUGUUUAAAAUCUCUGCAAUGAAUGGUACAGGAUUAUAAGAAGCUUUUGAAUGGUUAGUGGACACUCUUAAAAGUUGA